UGGGUUGUGCUAUGUGCUGCUGUUUGUGACUGUUCCUGCAACUGCAGCAAAAAGUAAACAAAGGGGGGAUGAAGUGUUUCGUUCGUUCAUGUGAGCAUAGUAACUAAAUAAUGACAUAAAAGUAUUCCAUGUUACUCAAUAUGUUUUUCUGUGAGUGUUGGCGCUCCAGUUGACGUGUUCAAUACCCAUUGUUAAUUUCGAAGCAUUGUUCUUGGAACAAAAGGCUAUUGAUUUGAAAGAAAUUAGGCGGGUAACGCUACACUUCUCUGUGUAAUGGUUUUGAAAGCUAACAAUGGGAAUCUUUUCCUUCAUGACUCUAUGCUGGCAUCAAAAUGGUUUUAGCGAAAUGCAAGUGAAAAGGUGACUGAGCAACACAAUCUAUCAGCCUACUGACGUCUCAGAUCCGUAUUGAGCAAAACGUGAAGCUGGUGGUUUCCCGUUCCAUCACAGCUGGGGUUGCUGUUAAUUAAAGGGGCAUCCGAGUCAACUCUGGGGCACCAUGGAAGCGGGUCUGCCAUCUGCAGUGGAGGAGCAGAACUGUGUAAGAAUGAAGACUGAGCUACCUGAAAAUGCGCGACAAAAGGAAUUGGAUUGUGUGACAAUAAAGAUGGAGGAGUGUGACAAUUCGGAACAGGAGGAGACUGAAAAUUCUGAACAGACCAGUGUCUCUGGAAAACUACAGGAGCCGAACUGUGUAAGAGUGAGGAGAGAGCAACCCGAUGUCGUCGGUGACGAUGUGCGACAAAAGGAGCUGAACUGUGUAACAGUGAGAAGCGAGCAACCUGAAGUUGUCAGUUACAAUGUGCGACAAAAGAUCUCCCUUCCUCGGAAACAAUUUGAAGACGUUCCGGAAAUCGAACCAGCUUCCUCCCGCACCGAGGGUAGCCACAUUAACCGCCCAUCUGUGGAGCCGGAUUUUGUGUUUGUUGGAGUGAAGCAGGAGCCAUUGGAAGACCGAGAAGCUGACGAAUUCUUGCCACAGGAACCCGAGUGUAUUAUCGUGCAGGGAGAAGAUCUGUGUCACGAUGCCUUGCAAACUGGAGCGCUACGACCCAGACAGGAACCCGAGUGUAUUAUCGUGCAGAAAGAGGUCGAUGACGUGGGACCCAGACUUCUGGAAACCACACAGGUACACGAGAACGGGGCGCGGCAGAAGACGGCGCGUAACCCGGCAGGAGGAGCUGAGGAGGAGGAGAUGAUUCUCGGCUUGGAGCCGGAGAUGGAAUGGGUUCUUCCAGUUGGACCUGCCAGUGAUGAGCCCUUGAGUGACCCCCUGGCUUCUGAGAGAGAAGUGAUACCCGAUUCCACGAAUGAGGGAUUUUAUCCGACGGGGUGGAGCCACACGUCGGACGAGAACCGUUGGGCCGCUUCAGGAGAAGCGGAUUACAACCGUCCGGCUUUCGUUAUCGCGAACGGCGGAGGUCCGUCGUACAGUAGUUUCGUGUCGAGGAGCUGCAGGAGCGACGGGAAGGAAACGGUGCAGCAGGCGUUCAGGUGCGACUCGUGCUCCGCCAUCUUCUCGACCAAGUACCACCUGGUCAAUCACGUGUUCGUCCACAUCCGGGAGGUGCCUCCGCCGUCGCACGUGUGCAGGCGGUGCGGAGAAGUGUUCUGCGACACCGCAUCCCUCAUCGACCAUUCGAAGGGUCACGAGAAUAACCUGCGGGUGCCCGCGGUCUCCUCGAAGUGGAACAGGGGAGACUCCGGCAGAUCUUCCAAGCACCAGAAAAAGCGCAGGAUUCGGAAACGCCCCGACACCAAGCCCCACAUCUGCGACCUGUGCGGUAAAGCUUUCCCCCUCGUCGGGAGCCUGAAGUCGCACCAGCGGACGCACUCCGGCGAGAGGCCGUACGGGUGCGACCUCUGCGGGAAGACGUUCGUGCAGGCGGUCCACCUGCGGAACCACAGAGUGACGCACACGGCCGAGAAGCGCCACUACUGCGAGUUCUGCGGGCGGCCGUUCGCUCUCCUCCACACCCUCAAGGUGCACCUGCGGAUGCACACGGGGGAGAACCCGUACCGCUGCGAGAUGUGCGGCGAGUGUUUCAACUUGCUCGGGAAACUCAAGACGCACAAGCAGAUCCACACCGGGAAGAAGCCGUACAAGUGCGACGACUGCGGUAACUGCUUCUCCGCCCCGAACAGCCUGAGGCGGCACAGGCGGAUGCACUCCGGCGAGAGGCCGUACAGCUGCGACGUGUGCGGCGAGUCGUUCAUGUGGUCGGCCACCCUGCAGAGGCACAAGCAGCUGCACACGGGGGAGAAGCCGUUCAAGUGCGACUUGUGCAGCAGCUCGUUCGCCGAGCUCGGCGGUCUCAACAGGCACAUGCGCAUCCACACGGGGGAGCGGCCGUACGCCUGCGGCGUCUGCGGCGCGUCCUUCUCGGCGACGAACCAACUGAAGCGCCACCUACACCGGCAGCACGUCGAAAACCCGCCUUAAAAGUCCGAACCGGGUCGGAGCUCGGCACCCUCGGCAAUCUUUAGUUUCGUGCGUGACGUCUCGCGUCCUAAUGCCGGACACUCCUUUUCGGGCUACGGAGACUCGGUAGCUUCUAGCUGAGCGAGCCGACCCGUUCGGACCUGUCGACGUAACAGUUGUGAGCUCGUCGGACCACUUCGUAAGAUAGCGGAGUCGUGCAGGUGUGUGUUCCGGAGCCUCUGUUGUGUGAGAGUUAGUGCUUGUUGCUUUAUUUAACACUCACGUCUGCAACUUGUCUAAUUCCGAUCCUUGUUCUUUGCUGUUAAUAUUCGUUUUGUACUUUUGAAUUUCUGUGGCCUCUUGUCCGUCCUGACACAGUAAUGCUCGGAUCUCGAUAAAACUGUGCGACUGGAGAAAUGAAUUUGGUUCUGUCCUAGGCCUAGUGCACCUUCAGCUAUUGCUGAUUUAUCUGUGUUGCCCAAACAACAGUUGCUGUUAUGUUCUUUAAGUACGGUAUUAAAUUCUUCUGUUAGGAGUCCUUUUGCACACCUGAUUGCCUGUGCCAGAGGUUUUAUAUACUCCUGCCACGAAGAAUGGUGGGCUUAUUCAGAUAUCGAGUCACUUGUCAGUUUAUUAUUUUCUGUGAUCUGGGUUGCUUUUACGAAUGGGUGGAAAACUUUUCCUCGGUUGGUUCUUUCCUGCCAAAAGCUCCAGAUCAUUUAGGAUGACGUCUGCUAUUUAUCGCUCUCUCUUUUUGACACGUGCUCCGAUAUUUCGUAACUGCGAAGGUCUUGUGCUCGCCGCUUGCCACAGUAGGAUUAUAUAAAAUCUCUUGCACUUUGCAACAUUCUCCCCUUCAGUUAAUAAAAUGUUUUUGCUGCAAAUUGUUGCUUUCGAGUCCUCACAUGUGACGGCACAGUUUAUAAAUUGAACUGGUGAGUUGGAAAAGGGGUCGUAUCCCAGAAAGGAAAUUUUUCAGGAGAUACAAAAAACCGUUUUACUGCACAGUGGGUUUAAAUAUGGUGUCGUCGAGUUUCUGUGUAGCAGGUGGUCCCAGGGUGAAACAGUAUACAUAAAUACAGUACCCUUCAGCCACCAAUAUGAUCUGUAAUCCAGUUUAAAUGUAUGGGAGAUGACCUUUUUUCGAACCUGUUGAUGCUGGUUAGGCAAGUAGCAUUUUUGCAGCAGGAAGGUUGUGUUAUAGUUUAUAUUAUUCAUCUUCAUUGUAGCAAUAAAAGAGUGUACUAUGAGCAUAAA